AGGCGUCCACUAUCUUUGUGUUAACUAUGGCUUGCAAAGGGAGCCCGACUACUUCCAGUACAAAAAUAAAUAAGUUCAAAAAAGUGCCCGCGAUGCUGCGCUGUGCAGUGCUGUCGAAGUGGCGAUCGAAGUUUUCUUUUUCUCCCAACAUUUUGGCACAGUAAUCACCUUGUAAUGGAAAACCACUCCUUCUCCACUGCUGCUUUUGGCCAUAGUCACAGAGACUUCACACCAGUCAGCAAAAGACCCUCUCGAAUGACAGGAGGUAAUGCUAAGAGCAGCUACGAGCCUUAUCACAGCACACCUUUGACAACAACGCCCCCCGGCCCUGCCCACAUAUCCUUCUCUGUGUCCUCUGUACCUGUCAAUCAUUCUUCUGCUCCUACCCUCGGCUAUGCACGGUCAUCUCCUACUGAGAAGGGUCCCAAGAGCUCGCCUAGUGUUAGAAUGGGGAGAACAUCACUGAGUCCGAGUCGAGUUCGUGGCUUGAGUCCAACAAGAGGCUAUGGAUCAUCCCCACCUCGGCAUGGUUACGUAUCCGAGCUGGAGACUACCACCAUCCAGAAACAGCGCAAGGAGCUGCAUCUCCUCAUUGGCGAGCUUCAAGACCGAGACAGGGAACUCAACGAGAUGGUAGCAUCUCACCAGAAACAGCUCCUAGCCUGGGAACAGGAUCGUCAGAAACUCUUGACACUGGAGCAGCGCUAUUCCAGGCUAGAAGCUGAGCUCAAGAGUCGGACUGAGCAGGUGAAAACCCAGACGACCAAAUUAAAGGUGCUUGAAUCGCAGGAACAGUCCAAAGAGCUUGCCCUGCAGUCCACCCAGAAACAACUGGAGCAGAUGUCCGAACAGGCCAGCUCAGCCUCCAGACAAGUGAAAGAAAUGGAAGAUCACAGUGAGCAGCUGAAUUCCCUCAUCCGUGACCUUUCCAGCAAAGUGGGUCAGUUUGAGGCCAGAGAACAAGAAUUGCUGACAAUGUUGAAACUCAAGGACAACGAAUUAGCUGAGGCAUCAGCUCACAUCUCAGACAUGAGUAGCAAGCUGAAGCGAUUGGACCAUGCAAAUAAGGAAAUUCGCCACACUGAAGCAGCUACAAGAAAAGACUUGGCCGCAGCAAGACAGAAGUACAACGAAAUCAAACAAGAACUGGAAAAACUGACUGGCCAAUUGAAUGACCAGAACAACACUAAUACAGAGCAGAGCAUAGAGCUGAGCCAACUUCAGGGAGAUAUACAGGCUUUACAGCAGGAGAUCACACUAUCAGGUGAGAGAGAAAAGAGAAAAGACCAGCUUCUGGAGUUGCAGCGCUCCAAGCAGGAGAGGACGGAUGCUGAACUGACCAACUUGAGACAAGUCUACGAGAGGCAACAACGGGAUCUGUCACUCUUGCAACUCAACCUGGAUAGCAGGAACGAAGUUCUCCACAGGUCACAGCUCAACAACUCACAACAUGAUGAUCUUGGUCGCAGCCACAACACAUCCAGAUCCCCUGCCAAUGUGUCUGGCAAGAGCCGGGAUUCAUCGCUGCAUAAUGCUAGCCUGAUAGGGGGUGCCCUCGUAGAAAACCACGGGGACCACGGAGUCCCUGACCUCAGCAGUGGGGACACAGAGGAACUACUGACAGCUGACUCAUCAGGAGAGACUCCAGCUGAGGAAACGUCGCCUACCAGCAAACUACACCGUCUCCUGACUGAGUCUCGGCAGAUGGUGCAGAACCUGGAAGAGACUACACUGCCCCCGUACAUCAACAAACCAAACAAGGAUGACUCCAGAAGUCCACCAGCAGGGACCCAGGAGUAGCCAAGUUCUUGUGUAAUUGGCUGUGGAUGUGGAUCAUUGAGGGCGCUCUUUGGCUUUCUCAGGAAGGCAGAUAGGAGAGUAGGCCCUACCUGGAUCGUACAUACAUCAAUGUGUGCUCUCUUAAUGUCGAGCAAACCAUCAAAACAGUGCACAGAACGUGCUACUGAUUUUGUGCCAUACAAAGAAUAUAGAAAAAAAGUGCCUGCGCUGAGUUUGAAAGUACUGCCUUUUUACCGGUAGACGGCUAGUGUAUGCACAGACCCAAAACACAAGAUUUAGUAAGCCAGAGAAACUCAGGAACUAAAACAGUAGUUGGAGUGAGAUGGAAAAAGACAAGACAAAUAGACAUGUACAUAAUACAAAGAUGCACUGAUAGCGAACAUGUUGUGUGAUUAGGGAAGCUUGUAGAGUACGUACUGUUGAGUGAAGCCAAAAAAAAACCUUGUGUGUGAUUUUUAAGUGGAAACGGUGUGCCUGCCUACCAACCUGGCUAAAAUAAUUAUCAAAUUAUUUGAAUGUUUAGUGAUGUCAUCGCUAUGACAAUCCCACAAAAUAUUGCAGAACACAUGUGAUGUGUUUUCAGGCUUUUCCUUUCCAUUAGAAAGUUGAAAUAGAUGUAUAACUUCUUCUUUAUACAAGUUGAAACUGAAUGAGCAACUCUAACUUUUACUGCAAACAGUGAAUUAAUCAACCUACAUUCCAAGGCUGACGAAUUGAUAGGGUUAUAGAAAGAAAGGUAUUAAAACCCUGUUAGUGGUUUGGGAUUUCCAUUAAACUUCAUGGUUUGCAUCUUGGUGACAGUCUUUUGGACACUAACAAUUCUGUAUCUAUAAAUUGACAUAUUUUUCAUGCACUUAAAAAAUGGAAAAAUUGAUGGUUGAUUUUAUAUUUGGUCUAGAACACCCAUCUGAAAAUCACUCAAAAACCACGGGAAAAGUGGCAUCUUUCUCAGUAUUUCUCACCUUUUGCAAACUAAACAAAAAACUGCCUUUGAAAUGGACAUUUUGUGAAAGAAAUUGAGUCAGUGAUAUGACUUACACAACUGAUAUGCACGAUAAUUUAGUAAGACCCCAGUACUCUUGAAGUGACAUUUAGAGGAGAUCAGAACGUGAAGACAGUAUUUGCCAGAUAAUGGCAAAGAAGCACUUUCUUCCGCUAUUUAUAUAGAAAUUUAAACAAAAUCAACUGUGGAACACUGGUUUGGAAAGUAAUUUUCUAUUUACAUUGUUGAUUUUCCAGACAUAGAAUGAUGACAAGAAUUCUUGUAAACUUUCUUUAAUCCAAACAUAGUUGCAAUAAGAAAUACAAAUAUCGAUUUGAAAAAGUAUUUGGUAGUGUUUUUCGGCAAGGGAAUAUUAGGUUUUUUUACAUUGAAAGAUGCACUGCCUUAAUUGUUUUUACUCUUGUAGUUAUAUCUUUAGGAAUUGUACAUAGCAUUUUUAACCAUCCAGCAAUGAAAAAUACCUGCCGCCUGUUGAGUGAAAUAUUUAUUUACUUUUAUUUUUUAUAAUUUUUUGGUUCUGAAGCCUAAUUACAAGAAAUGUAUACAUAUUUAGACUUAAUUUUUACUUCAAAUUAAUUUUUAUCAUUUUUUGUAAAUGUCGUCUACGGCACAUUUCUAGAGACAUUUAUAAAAGCAUGCAGUGAAUUCUUUGCUACUCAGUUUUUCACAACUCAUUUUUUUUUGCAGAUUUACCUGAAUUGAGAAAGCUUAUGAUGUGAUGUCAGUUUUGCUAUGACGCUCAAAAAAAGUACAAUUCAGCUUUUGUGUUUUGUGAUUGGUUGAAUUUCUAUUUGCUUUUGGGUGGAUUGAAAUCCUACGUAGCUAUAAUUACAUUUUUUAUUACUGUUGCUCUUCUUGAAAAAUAUUUGUACUUUUUUCAAUAUAGGAAGUUCUGUUUUGUUCCGUUUAAAAGUGUGGAAUAAAAUUCUAGAAGCUAUUUUAUA